AUGAGUGUGGAAGCUCUCCCGGCCGCUCGUAUCGAGUCAUUCACGGCAAAGGACCAGUCGAAAGUUCACAUUGGGGAUGCGUACACUGUGGAGAGAGAUCGCUGUCUUGAACACUUGCGCAUAACUGACCCCCGUCACGACAAAAGACGCAUCGAAAGAACUGCAGGCGGCCUGCUAAAGGACGCCUAUCAAUGGGUCUUGAGCUGCGAUGAAUACCAUCAAUGGUCCGAUGACCCGGAGACCCGGCUGCUUUGGAUCGCGGGUGGUCCUGGCAUGGGGAAGACAAUGCUGCUCAGCGGUAUCAUCGACGAGAUUGACAAAUCCAAGGAUACCAUCAAUAUCUCAUUCUUCUUCUGCCAGGCCUCGGACGAGCGCAUCAAUACGGCCACGUCUGUACUGCGCGGCCUUAUAUACCUGUUGGCCAAGAAGCAGCCGUCGCUCACCUCGCACAUCAAAGAGAGAUAUAAAGAUGCAGGUAAAUCACUUUUCGAGGGCCCGAAUGCCUGGGAUGCCUUAUUCGAAAUAUUCCAAGCUAUGCUGGAAGAUCCGGCACGGGAAAAAACCGUUCUCAUCCUUGAUGCCCUGGACGAAUGCAUACCUGGGGACCUACAAACGCUCUUGGACCUCAUUGUCGAGACUACGUCGUCAUUAUCAUCAUCACGCCUCAAAUGGAUUGUCUCAAGCCGCAACGACCCUGCAAUCGAGCAACGGCUAAGGCCCGGCCGGUCGCGGGUGAAACUGUGUCUUGAGAAUAACAAGGAAUAUGUGUCUAGAGCAGUUGAGGCAUAUACUGAACAUAGUAUCUCCAAACUGCCAAUACAUAAUGAUGAAGCACUUCGAGCCCGAAUCCGAGACGCAAUACGACAGAAAGCUGACGGGAGAUUUCUCUGGGUCUCCUUCGUGAUGAGAGAGCUGAGAGGAGUGAGCCAAUCGAAUAUGAAACAGGUGGUUGAUGAAACACCCAGGGGCUUGACAGAUAAGUACCGCCAAAUUCCCGGGAAAAUCCGGCAGCAACAGGACGAUGCUCCUGGUCUACAUACGCUUCUAGAUGUUGUUAAGGCGUACCGACCUCUUAGCCCUGACGAAUUGCACCAUAUGUGCGGCCCUAUAGACGAGAUUGUCUAUAUAAUCCAUCGACCGGCGAAACACAUUUUGCCUAAAGUAAUCUUCAUCUCCAAACAAGGAGAAGGCUGCGAAUUUGCAGCAAUUGAAGGCCAAAGACUAGUGUUAAGAAGCGAAAAGGGCCAGGACCGCGUAUUGUUUUCGAGGUCACUCAAGGCCAUGUCCAGCACACUCAAACGCAACCUACGCUCCUGGACAUCCCAGCACUUAGCACAAAUAAACUACCUCUACCUUUGCUGGACCAAUAAUUUGGCGGAUUAUAACACCAUAACCAGAGCUCUCAAAGCCGUCAACGGGUUUCUUGGCCAGGGCUAUCCUCACUGGAUUGAGUCUCUUAGCCUGCUACAAAAUGCGCCAGAUAGGAGUAGUAUUGACUCUAAUCUCGCUGAGCCGCCAAACGCUGCAAUUGUAGACGGCAGUGACAGAAUGGUUGUCCACUUGUGGGAUUUAGAGGCCGGGGAGCGUACGCGCAUACUGAGGGACCGCACCAGAAGUAUUGACACAGUCGCGUUUCCGCUGAACAGCUCUCUAAUCGCAUCGGGAUUAGACGAUACAACAGCCAGUCUAUGGAGUCUCAGGGACAAAAGUUGUAUAUGGGUGCUUAUGGGCCAUACCAAGCAAUUUGCUUCGGUUGUAUUCUCGGCGAACGGCAGCGCACUCGCAACAGGGUCGAAGGACGGAAAAUUUCGCGUUGGGGAUAUACAUCGGCGCACAUAUACGUUAGUGUUCGCUAUCAGCAAUAUGCUCAACUUGGAUUGGGAAUUGUCUUCCCCUGAUGAAUAUAUUCGCACGAAAACUAAGAUUGUUGCUCUUGAUUCAAGCCUGGAAGACGCUUCGCCUGAAGAAACCUGGGGCUAUAACCUGAGCCAGGACUGCAGAUGGAUUGUAUGGAACAGUGAAAAAGUGCUCUGGCUGCCAACAGAAUUCGUAACAUUGUCUUUUGAUGCGGCUAGUUAG